GGGGAGUUUGAUCAUUUCAGCUUCAGCGGACACUUUCUGGAUUAUUUACAUUUUGCAAACAUGAUUCCUGAGGAUAACUUUGGAUCUGACGUGAUGGCGAACAGGACGCUCUCUGCGGCUCUGGCCCUGGAGGAGCUGCUGGUCACGGCGCAGAAGCAGGAUUUCCUCACACUUGGCAUCUACGAAUCGGCUAAACUCCUUAUUGCUGACCCCGACAGCGUGGUCCUGUGCGUCCUGGCGGCGGAUAACGAGGACGAUGUGGCGUUACAAAUCCACUUCACGCUGCUCCAGGCGUUCUGCUGCGACAACGACAUCACCAUCCUCCGAGCGUCCGGCGUCCGGCGCCUCCAGCAGCUGCUCCGAGGAGACGAGAGCAACAGGAACCUGGAGGAGCAGGGAGACCUCCACUGCAUCCUGGUCACGAAUCCUCAGGCCGAUCACUGCAGACUCCAGGAGGUGGGAACGUUCUGUCAGGAAAGUCGCAGGAUGGACCAGUGGAUCCCUGAGCUGACUCUGCAGGAACGCUGACGACUUUUACCCCAAAACCGGAGAAAAAAAAACAAAAUCUGCGUCUAACGUGGAGACGAGAUGAAGCGAGAGCUGCGGCGACGCCUGAAGUGAAAGAAACGAGACCAAACCAGACUCGCAGGAAAAGGCUGAGAUUCUCGUUCUGCAGAAAUCGUCGGCGUCUUUGGGCGUGUGGCGUUUUUCAAAACAUUGGAGUAAAGCCGGAGGUUUGGAGUCACACCCCGGAUCAGGACGCACACGUGCAGCUGCGCCAGGAAUGUCGGACAGUUUCACCGCUCCACAUUCCUCUGGGCUGAGUCGGGAAAGCCGUUUGGAAAGACAAGAAGAAAAAGAAGGUGUGUGAGAGUGUGAGUGUGUG